AUGGAACCUGUUAUACAGAAUGUUUUUAGAUGGUCAGCCCUUGUAGCAGGUAUAGGAUAUGGAUAUACACAUCGUAAUACAUUAGCAGUAAAAAAGAAAAAAAAAGAGCAAGAAGAAUUAUAUAAACGUAAAGAAGAUGUUAUACACAAGGCACGGAUAGAAUAUGCAAAACUUCAUACGCUAUCUUUAUUAAAAGCGAAUAGUUUAGAUUUAAAUGAUCCAAACUUUGAUUUAGAAGCAUAUUUAAAUAGGCUAGAAGAAGAAAGUUUACAUUAA